AUGUUCUUGCCCUUACACCUCACACCUCACACCACACCAUGAAUGAUAAAGUAGACAAGCUUGUUAUCUUCUUGGCAAAAAGGGAUGGUAUUGAUAAGCUUGUCAAGACCUUCCAAUAUGUCUCCAAGCUACUUGUUUGGCACCUUGAAACCACCAAUCCCACCGCAGCCCAUCGAGCCAAACAGUGCGAGGUGGCAUCAGGGCUCAGUCGGAAAGCCUUUAGGACCGGAAGGUUUCUCACAGGGUUUAAUGCACUUAGGAGAAACCCAGGCCCGACUCCUACGUAUAGGUUCCUAUCUGUCUUUGCCAACGCAGGGGAAAUGGUUUAUUUCUUCUUUGACCAUUUCCUAUGGUUAUCACGAACCGGGGUUCUGGAUGCAAAUCUGGCUCGGAGAAUGAGCUAUAUAUCAGCGUUCGGGGAAUCGCUUGGAUAUGUGUUUUUUUGUGUUAUGGAGUUUAUUAUGAUCAAAGAAGGGAUUGAAGAAGAAAGAAGGAUUAAGAGGAGUUUAUUAUCAGAAUCAAAGGAAAAAGGUGAUGAAAUUAAGAAGAUUAAGGUUGAUAGAGUGAUGAGAUUAAUGGCUGUGUCUGCUAAUUUGGCUGAUUUGAUUAUUGGGCUGGCUGAUAUUGAGCCCAAUCCAUUUUGUAAUCAUGCUGUAACACUUGGGCUUAGUGGGCUGGUUUCUGCAUGGGCUGGCUGGUAUAGAAAUUGGCCAUCUUAAAUUAAAGUAGGAGAAAAAAAGUAAAAGACUAUAAUCUUCUUACGUGUCAUGUUUUUAAUAAAUUUCGUUUUAUUUAUUUAAUACU